AUGAAGACCAGCCUAUUUUGUUCUUCCGCCAGCUCGGAGGCAGAUCAAGUUUGCACGAGGCUUCUGGACGUUAUGUUGGUGGUGGACGAAUCGGGCUCCAUUGGCACCUCGAACUACGGAAAAGUGCGUAGCUUUAUAUCCAACUUUGCUGGAACUAUGCCGCUUUCCCCUGACGAUGUCCGCGUAGGCUUGGUUACUUUUGGUACAUCAGCAGUGACUCGCUGGGACCUAAGCGACUCUAGAGCCCAGAAUGCGGAUUUGUUAGCAGCAGCAGCGAAAAAGCUGCCUUAUGCAGCUGGGUCAACGUACACACACCUUGGACUUGCUAAAGCUGAGGAAAUUCUCUUCAGUUUUCAGAAGGGAGGAAGGGACAAUGCACCAAAAAUGAUUUUGGUCAUGACGGACGGUGCCAGCAGCAGGCGAUCGCAAACUUUAAGCGCUGCUGAAAAAUUGCGCAACCGUGGAGUUAUCAUUGUUGUUUUGGGAGUUGGUACAGGAGUUAACUCUGCGGAAUGUCGGAGCAUUGCGGGCUGUGAUACUAGCGAUACCGUUGAGUGCCCCCGAUACCUGCAGUCGAAUUGGGGAGGUGUCAGCUCUCAAAUUAACGGAAUCAUUAAAGCUGCAUGCAAAGACCUUGCAAAAGACGCAGUAUGCAGCGAAUGGAGCGAGUAUGGGCCUUGUGAAGGAGAGUGUGGCACAGAGGGGACGCGGACAAGCACCCGCGUGGAAAUAGCCCCACCACGGCCGGGGACACCGCCUUGCCCAACUUGUGAGGCUCCACAGGGCCGGUCUUGUGCUCAGCAGCCUCCUGGGCUAAUGCGUACGGAGCCGUGUACUAUGCCAGCCUGCAAGAUCGACGCACAUUGCGGGGAUUUCGGCCCAUGGUCUGAGUGGAGCACCACUUGCGGAUCGGCAACGCGGCAGAGAGUAAGGCAGGGCUACGAAGACCCGCCAGCUAGCGGUGGUGGGCUUUCCUGCAUUGACCAGAACCCCCCUAAGUAUGCAAAGGAGGUGGAGGUUGUUCAGAAAUCCCCUUGCCCAGUUCAGCAGCAACCAGGACCUUGGAGUGACUGGUCCGACUGCUCUGCGACUUGCGGAGGCGGUACCCGGUAUCGUGAGCGGGAGGGCUAUCCCCAAGAAGGCGAAUUAUUCGGGGGCCAGACGCUUCAGGCCCAGGGUCUAGAUGUGCGGGAAACUGACACGUGCAAUGAGAAUCCCUGCCCUGUUGAUGCAACAUGUGGUGAGUGGACUGAGUUUAGCGACUGCUCAAGGGUUUGUGGAGGUGGCACGAAAGAGCGUCGAAGGGAACCUUGGCUGGACAAUGCCCAAUUUGGAGGCCGAUCGUGCUCGCAGCAGCAUCCAGAAGGCCCCACAGAAUCUGUCGAAUGCAACGAACAUCCUUGUCCUGUUGACGAAGUUGUUGGCGAAUGGGAAGACUGGGGGCCCUGCAGUGAGCAAUGCGGACGCGGGAGGCAGUUUCGCUACCGUGGGCCUAGUCUUCAGCAAGCUAUGUUUGGAGGAAAGACCAUUGAAGAACAGAACGCGGGUGUUCCGGAGGAACAAAAGAUUUUGAAGGUGGAGGAACGUCCGUGUAAUGAUGUGCCGUGCGGCCCUUGUACGCUUCCAUUCACCGAAUGGACAGCUUGCGAGUCGUGUUCCGGGACAAGAACACGGGACUCCAUGGUGGCAUUUGACUAUGACGACAGACAAUGUCAGAAUCCGACACAUGAGGAAGAGAGCUGUGAUGCGGUCUGUGAAGAGUCUGCCAGUGGAGGGGGUGUUGGAGGGGGAGCGGGGGGUGCAGGCGGCGGAGGAGGGGGAUCUGCGGGGGGCGAAGGGAGCAACGGAGCAGGCCCGGGGGAAGACAAAGAGGAAGAAAGCAAAGGCUUUCCGACUGCAGCUGUGGCAGGAGGUGUAGCGGGAGGCGUUCUAGCAAUCGCAGCAGGAGCUGGUGCAUUCUACGGAUUGAGCGGUGGAGCUGCGAGCGCUGCCGGUGGAGCUGCUGCGGAGGUCAUGGUAGAGUCCGGUACAGCGAAUCCUCCUGAAGUUGAAAAAGAGUCCCUUAUCACUGCAGGCGAGCAGUCAGAGAUGUGGGCAUCGUAA